CAAUCCCUGCCCUUGCCCGCCCGGGGGAAGAAGUCCCGGACCCUCUGAGAGGCGGAUUCCAAGAUGGCGGCACAGGCCAGGCGCUGCGAGAAGUCUUAACGGAGUCGGCGUGAAGCGGCUGCCUCAGAGGCCCUAAGGAACGGUGGUUCCUGAAGCGGGACAAGAAAGCGCUGGUGCCGACAUUUUGGAUUGAUGAUGGCCCCGGCCUGUGAGCGGCUGCAGUUUCGCUUCCCGAGUUAUGGGGAUGGGGUGCUGCACCGCAUGGACCAGCUGCGGGAGCAGCGGCGCUUCUGUGACGUGACUGUGCAGGUGAACGAGCUGCGGGUUCCCGGGCACCGUGUGGUCUUUGCCGCCUGCUCCCCUUUCUUGCGCGACCAGUUUCUGCUGAAUGAUUCGCAGGAGGUGUCGGUCUCCCUCUUCCAGAGUCCCGAGAUUGGGCGGCAGCUUCUGCUCUCCUGCUACACGGGGUGCCUGGAGGUGCCCGUCAAGGAACUGGUCAACUACCUGACCGCUGCUUCCUUCUUGCAGAUGGGCCACGUGGUGGAGCGCUGCGCCCAGGCGGUUUCCCACUACUUAGUCCCCAAGGCAGAUGCCCUCCUACGGGAGGAGCAGGAGGAGGAGAGCUACCUACAGCAGGAGGGGGAGGGGGAGGAGAAGCAGCCUUCCUCACCCAAGGGGGAGGCGGACUCCGAGGAGGGCAAAGCGGAGGGGCCGGAGAUCCCCCCCCGCGGCUCCCGGGGCGCCUCCUCUCCCGCCAUCUCCCUCUCCCUGCUCAACUCGGCCGUGGAGAUCACCCGCAGCUACCUGCAGGGCUGCUACGACGACGAAGCCGGCAGCGAGGGGCUUCCCUUUCCAGCCCCAGCCCCAGUUCCUGCCUCCCAGUGGAGAAACUACCCGCUGCACCGCCAUCGCCACAGCACGGCCAUGGCCUACAGGGACUGGCGGGCGGCCAGCGGGGUGCCGGCCUGGAAGGUGCCUCAGCUGGAGCGCCCUUACCGGUGCCCCCGCUGCAACAGCAUCUUCCAGCAGCUGGGGAGCUUUGUCAGCCACGUCCAGGAGCACAAGCUCUUCCUGUGCCUGCGCUGCGGCAAGGUCUUCUCGCAGAAGAGCAACCUGACGCGGCACAUCCGGGUGCACACGGGCUUCAAGCCCUUCCAGUGCCCCAUCUGCCGCAAGUGCUUCACCCAGAACGCCACCCUGCAGGACCAUCUCAACCUCCACAGUGGCAUUAAGCCCCACAAGUGCAACUACUGCGAAAUGCAUUUCACUCACAAGCCGGGCCUGCGGCGCCACCUCAAGGAGAUGCACGGCAAGAGCACCGUCCAGAAUAGCCACGAGGAAAUCGAAGAGGUCACCAUCGACUUUGAUUGAUGUGAGGGGAGGGCGGGCAGGGCAGUCACAGACUGGAAUAGCAGGUCUGUCUGUGAGACCCGGGAGAGACGUCCUCUCGGUGAGAGUGGGGCUGCUUGAGUGGGGCAGAGGGCGUCCUGCCGGCGGGACCAGCCCAUGGUGGAGAGGCCACAGGCCAGAUCAUUCCUUUUCUAGUAGCAAGGGGAGCCAUGGGAGUUUCUCACGGGAGAACAGAGAGAGAGAGGGCGCACUCACAGACUGAACCAUUUCCUGUGCAGGGGACAAGAUGCAGCAGGGGAACCAGGGAGCAGACCAUGGACUGAACCACUUCUGGUGUCGGAGGAUUCCUUGGCCCAUCUGAGGUGAAUCUGCCUCAGGUGAUAGGUUUUGGAUGUAAUUAGGACCAGCACGUUUGUGUGUGAGAGAGAGAGAGUGGCCGAUUUGGCCCAUGGGCCACAACCCACUGGGACGUUCACCUGCUCUAGCCCCAUUGAAAUAAAGGGGAGCUGUGCAAGAAUGCAAUAGUGUUCCUGUGUCACUCCCUUUUGGCUCAGUGAGACGUAUACAGAAGCUCCUGAUAGAUUAGUAUGUGAUGGGUGUGAUUUAGAUUUCCUACCUCAGGCAUCGCAGUGUUUUGUUCUGGCCCUGGGAGGGCAUCACAGGGACGGCCAUCUGGUAUGGGAAUAUACGAAGCUGCCUUAUGCUGAGUCAGACUCUUGGUCCAUCUAGUUCAGGAUUGUCAACACUGACUGGCAGCAACUCUCCAAGGUUUUAACCAGGUCUUUCAAAGACGUACUUGGAGAUUCUGGGACAUUAAUCUGGACCCUGUGGUAUGCAAGGCAUGUACUGAGCCACAGCCCCCGUCUGUAGAGUGGAGCCAAACAGAGAUGACACGAAAUGAACAAGUUGCUGGGCCUCCGUCAGCUGCCUUGCUAGAGAAUUGGAAGGGAGGCAGCUGGCAGCUUAACUCCGAUUUUGAAAGGGAUAGAAAAGGGUGCCAAGAAAUUACAGAUCCUUUAGACUACUUGAGAUAUAUUGUUGGAAAACAGCAUUAGAGAUAGAAUGAUUAGACAUAUAGAAGAAAAAGCGACAGCAGCAGCCUUGCUGCAGAAACCCCUGGUUCCAAGUGAGUAUACCACUGAAUACCAGUUGCUGGGGGUGGGGGUGUCAGCAAGAGAAGUAUGCCACUGAAUACCAGUUGCUGGGGGUGGGGGUGUCAGCUUGCCUUCUUUCUCAGAGGCAUGUGAGUGGCCACUCUUGGGAAGGAUGCUAGACUGGAUGGACUUUUGAUGAGAUUCAGCAGGGUUAGGUUCUUGCAUUCAUCUUCUUGGGAAGCACUGGUUUUUCCCAGGCCCAGGCUUCAAAAACUGCUCAUAUCACACAGGCUUGAAAAUUGCAAGGGAGAGAUUCUGAUCUGCCCAGAUGUUCAGAACGUUCUGUUGCUUUGGAUCAGGGAAGCUGAUGGCAUCAUGGCAGCCAACCUUCCUUCCUUCCUCUUCUUUGCAUCAAGCUCUUUCCGUGGUUUCUUACAGUACUCUUGAGGCCUCUGAUGUGGUCGGGGCAAAGCAGCCGACAAGCCUCACCCAUGUUCUGGGCAAGAAGUUGUAGUACAGUGUUGGGUGGUGCUGGAUUCUGGAAUUGGAUGCAGCUGGUGCUGGUAUGUUGAGGCUGCCACUGAGAGAGAGCCUGGACUGCAUGUUUGGGCAGGGGGAAAGAGCCCCUGACUCAGUAAGAGUGCAGGGUUCGUCCACUUCUGAGCCCUGAUGCCAAGGAUAGUUCAGAGUGUGCCAUUAUCUCUUUGGAAGACGAUGCCGAUGGAGAACUUGGCCCUUGAAACUAGGGCGGAGCAGCCUUUUGCAAGACAAGAAAGGAGCCAUUCAGCCCUCUUCCAGUGUAAUAAAUAAUAAUCAUAAACUUUGUUAGCCACCGCAUAACAAAUUGUUCCCUGGGCGGCUUACAGCACAACAUUAAAACAGGAGAUAAAAACACACAUUAAAUCAUAACGGACCCAAAAAACGGGGUGGGGGAAUACAAAACAAUUCAAAAACAAUUUUUAAAACUUUUUUAAAAAAUCAGUUACAAUCAGAUCACAAUUUUUUAAAAUUAAAAUUUAAAAUGUAAGAUGCCUGAGUGAACAAAAAGGUCUUUACCUGGUAUCUAAAAGAACAAAGUGGUGAAGCCAGGCGAACCUCACUGUGUGGGGUGUGUGUAUGUGUUAGUCCAUAAAUGGGGUGCAACCACCAAAAUGGCUCCCUCCCUAGUAGCCACCCUCCUCACCUCAUUUGGCAGGGGCAUUCGGAGCAGGGCCUCCAAAGAAGAUCUUAAGGACCAGGUUGGGAAAUAUGGGGCAAAGCAGUAUGUAGGACAAUAGCAAGAUGGUUCAGUGGGGUGGGUAGCAGAGUGAGAAGGGCUACAAUCUGCUUUAAUGGGCUGGAGAAGAACGAUCUGGAGGAAAAAUCUAGGGGUGACCCUAUUAAUCCACACUACUGCCAGUUGGCACAUGCCUGGCAUUCUGAAUCCGAUCCCAGUUAAGAUGCAACUGGGAGGUCAAAAAGGUGCUUGAGAUUCCCCGGCAAUUCUCUGCACCUCCCCAGGGAAUCCUACCUCAAGCUCUAAAGCAAACUCCCUCCCUACACAUUGGGGAGGGGGUGGGCAGGUCUCCUUUUAUGCAACACCAUUGGUCUGAUUUAUCCUAUCAACAACUGGAUGUGGAAACCAAAUUUGUAAACAGUGCAGGGCAGCAGAAUUAAUUGCAUGGGAUGGAUUGCAGACAAGAAGUGUGGAUUCAGAGUUGUAUAAUCCAGGGUGUAUGGUUGGGAGAGCCGGGAGACGCUCCUUUGCCAGAGUGCUUGAGGGGUGUGGCUGAGAAUCGGAUGGUCCUCGGCUGCCUUGAGGCUAACAAGCCCCAGAAGCUAGCCUGACCACAUAGAUGCCCCAAUCAGCCCUGGAACACUGACCCAACAACUCUUUGUUGCCAGGUUCAUGUGCUGUACUAAAUCACUUGUAGUUCUUGUUGUUCUCAGUCCCUUUUUUGCAUAUAAAGAUAUUUCCAUCAUGAAAUUUGUGGGCCUUUUCCUGUGCCUCUACUGUCUUCAUCAUAAGAGGAAAGGUGUAGUGAGGGAAAAGCAUGAAAUCCUGAAAUAGUCUCUGUCUCUUAAUCUGCCGCCCUCUCUUUCUCCCAACCCGACUGGCCUUGUGGCUACCACAGCCUCUUCCACGCACAUCUUGUCCUCUCCCAGCUAUUUUAUUUUAUUUUAUUUUAUUUUAUACAUUUCUAUACCGCCCCAAACCAAAGUCUCGGGGCGGUUCACAUAAAUAAAACAAUACAAAAACACAAAACAUUAAAUUCAAUUAAAAUGCCAAAAAGCAGCCUAAAAACAAAAACAAUUUACAGUAUUUAAAAUUUUAAAUAGGUAUGCCAGCCAGUCUCCUUGAGCCCUUCACAUGUUCUCUGUGUUUUCAGCAAGCUUCAUUCAGCAAGCUUAGGAUGGUGUAAGCUUACCCGUUCUGGACUCUGCCCACUGGAUUCUUGGCAUACCACUUCCUGUAGUUGUCCUAAUUCCUUGCUUGUUGCCUAGCCUCCUGGCACACUGGGGGCCAGUUCUCUUUUGGUGUGUGGUAGCAUAGGGGUUGGAGAGCCACGUAAGAGGUGCCAGUGCUAAGCUGGGAUCCCUGGAAUUCCCCCGAAACCAGACUUUUUUUCUGUGCUCAAACGAGGACUUCCUUGAAAAGAGUGCAGUUUUACCACUGGGGUCUGUUCAAGCUUUCAACUAGGGAGGUUAGUGUUCCUGGGAAAGAGCAGGGAUCAUUUUAAAUUGUGUGUCAAGUACAUGUAUGCUCCGGGUGUGUUCUUCAUGUUUUGUUAGCAUUAGCAUUAUGCCUGCUUUAUUCUAUGUUUUUGCUAGUGAUGAUGUAUCCAGCAGAGUAAGUGGGGAGGGGAUUAUAGAGGGGUGGAGAUAAAGAUAAAGCAAGCCUGCUCAAUCCCCCCCCCAGCUGUUUUUGGCUUACAACUCCCAUAACCCCCAUUCACAGUGGCCAAUAGCCAGGGAUCAUGGGAGCUCUAGGCCAAUAUCUGCAGGAGGGCCAAAGUUGAACAGCCCUGAGAUAAAGUUUUGUUGUGGAUGAAAAAGCAAAAGGCUCUGCAGGACCCUGCCAAGCCCAGUGACUAGUUCAGAGGUUUAGCAAAGCACCUCAUUUCUUUGCCAUAAGGAGAUGGGAACAUUGCUCAGUGGUAGAGAAUCUGCUCUGCAUGCAGAAGGUAGGCCUGGGUAGGACUCUCUCUACUCUGGAGAGUAGCAACCAGGCAGUAUAGACAAUACCUAUGGUCUGACCAGUGGUAUAAGGCAGCUUCCUAUGUUCCUUGCCCUCCCUUCUCUACAACAUUAGGAACUAGAACCCUGCUUAUGAGAUUUAAGAUUCUUGGGAUAGCAAAGCCUCUCCUCUGUGGAUUCUGACCUGAUAUGAUAGUGUCAAGGGAACUAUAAAUGUCCCCACCCCACGCCCUCCUUGCCACUUAGGGAUCUGCAAACUUCCAUGAGCAGAUAUCUUUGUGGUGAAAGAUCCAGGGGGACAGGCGGAGGGAAAGCUUGAGGAGCAGCUUUUUGCAGUGGGGAGGAAGCAUAGUUUUGGAGGAGAAAAACACGUUUUGCGGGGAGUUCAAUAAGAAUUCUUCAAAUGCUUUGGGAUAGAUCUGCACCAGUGGAAAGACCCAUCAAAUUUGGAAUAUUCAUCAAGCAUCUUAAUUAAAUAAAUUCUACGGCACAGGCUAGGCAGAUCCCAUUGCUUGCUUCUUGGUCAAUUCUUACCCUCAGGGACCUGGUAUGACUAAGGGGAAGGUCUAGUUGACCCAAACUCUUGAGACGAUUGUGAGCAAGUUUGACACGAUUUGAGAAUCUGAUGACAUUCAUUGUGGCACUGUGCACACCCCACAUGUAAACAGCCAGUCCAGGAAGAACUGACCCAUUUGUGGUUUAAUAAGAAUUGUUCCAUAUUUGGUUUGGACCUUUUGCACUCCUCACUUUUAACAAGAAUUCUCUGUAGCAGUUCUUCUUGCAUUCAUCCCAGGUCUUUAGCUCUGUUCACAUGUUACAUUCAGUGCUCAUACAAUCGGUGUACAGUAUCCUCUGGUACAGUUAUUUGCAUGUUAUGUUGACCACAAGUACAAAGUACACUUCCUAUCUCUACCAUGCAUUUGGGAUCCUGUAUUCAGAUUCUUUAAAAUGAACACAGGUGCACUCAUUCAUCGAAACAUCUGUAAGAUGCAACAGAAUGUGGCUUUUGUGAAGCUAGAUUGGCUGAGAGCAGUGGUCCCUCUAAUUUUCAUCUCUGUGCAGAAUGAGUUUUGUUCUGGGCAGCACUAUCAAGGCAGUGUGUGCGCACCUGCAUUCAAGUGGGGCUUUCCUGAUUCAGCCUGAGCGGGGUCUAAAAUUAACUGAGUGGACAUCCAAAAACUUGUGAGCAUGCACACAUGCACACGCCUUAGAGGGAACAGUGGCUGAGAGGCCAUGCUAGAUUGGCUUCAGUGAGGCGUGUUUGCUCUAUCUGAUCUGUGGCAGAGAAUGUUUCCUGGAUGAUCUGUGAACUUCCAUGGGCCUGUACCUUCCACCUGCUCUAUGCAGCUGCUAGAUAAAGGUGGGACAUUUUGGCCCUACCUGGUACUAAGCUCCUGUAUUUAAUACACAAGCUCCAGUAUUAGAGAGAAGUGUGUUUCCAGGGCAUGUUCUUGUUUCACAGAACCUCUUGCCAACUAACUCCCCACACUUUGCCCUCAUAGGAACAUAGGAAGCUGCCAUAUACUGAGUCAGACCAUUGGUCUAUCUAACUCAGUAUCGUCUACACAGACUGGCAGCGGCUUCUCCCAAGGUUGCAGGCAGGACUUUCUCAGCCCUAUCUUGGAGAUGCUGCCAGGGAAGGAAUUUUGAACCUAGAUGCUCUUCCCAGAGCAGCUGCAUCCCCUGAGGGGAAGAUCUUACAGUGCUCACACUUCUUCUCAUAUGCAACCAGGGCGGACCCCGCUUAGCUAGGGGGACAGGUCAUGCUUGCUACCACAAGACCAGCUCUGUUCCUCAAGUUGUUAUGCAACCUUCCUCAAGGUGCUGGUAGCACCCAGCUUAUGGUUUGUUAUCAGAAAGCUUAUUUGGGCCUUUGAAGUGAGGAAGAGGGUGGCAGGGAUAAGCCUGUAAUGAGCGUGAGAGACAGAGAAAUGAUUACUGUGUGUACCGAGGUAACUUGAGAACCAGCGUAUCAGUUCUGUAUGCAGCCAUUGCUGUGAAAUGACUCCUAGGGAAAGAACAGUGAAAGCCUGUGUUGGAGAGUGGUAGCCCUGAAGGAUUGUCUCUGAUACGGAGUCCAGAAGAGGGCUCCCAGGAUGGUGAGGGGUCUAGAAACCAAGUCCUGUGAGAAACUGUUGAAGGAGCUCGGUAGGUUUAGCCCAGAGAGGUCUAAGAGCGGGCUGGGGGGGGGGAGGGCAGCCACCCUUGAAUUUUAGACACAUGCUUGCAAGUCUCCAACAGUGUUCCCUCUAAGUACGGAAUGAAUUUUGUUCUGCGCGGCAGUACCAAGGCACUGUGUGUGCAUCUGCAUUCAGAGUGGGACCUUCCUGAUUCAGCCUGAGCGGGGUCUAAAAUUAACCGAGUGGACAUCAAAAAACUUGUGAGCACAGGCACAUGCUCAUGCCUUAGAGGGAACAUUGGUGUCCAAGCAAUCUAGAAUUGGCAUAACCACCCUAGUACAUAAGGCAGUGCAAUUAUCCGAAGCUGAAAUUUGCAAUAGGAAGACCGUCUUCAAAUCUCUGAAGGGCCAUUGAAGAGAAGAAGGAGCAGACUCGUUCUCUGUUGUGCAUGAAGGCAGGACUAGAACUGAGGGGUUAAAAUGACAAGAAAGUAAGCAGAUUUAGGUGAUAUAGUAGGAUUUCCUAACUGGAAGAGCUUUUUGCCACUGGAACAUUCUGCCUUGUGCAGUGAUAGGCUAUGCUUGGCUGGAGGAUUUCAUACAGAGGCUUAGUUUCCUGCACAGAGCAGGUGGUUAGAUUAGAAGACCUCCUGGCUCCCUUCUGACAUUCUGUGGGAGUCAAUGGUCAGAAUUCCGCCCGCCCACCUCCAAUGAGGACUACCUUGUGCCAAUGUGAACCCUAUGAACCUGAUGUUGAGGAUUUCAUCACAAGAAUGUCAGGAAUAAUAAAUAACUAUUCGUCAUUCAGAUAUCGUCACAAUCGAUGCAUUCAUUACAUUUCAGGCUUGGAAUGCACCUCAGGGCCAUCUUGGUCCUGGGAAUGGCUCAACACAAGCAAACACCAUCUUCACAGGUUGAUAGAAAGGAAGAAUCCAUGUCUUGUGUGUGAGGGUACAUUUUAGACCUCCUUGCCAUUAUUGCCUCUUCUUCUCCCUGGGGAUGCUGGAACGGGAAAGGCUCCUCACGCAUCUCUUCCCAGCCCUGCUCGUUUUGAUUCUCCCAAUCUGGAUUUUUUGCUCAUUGCAGAUGGAAGAGCAUCGAAACAAAGUGAGGCAGGAGCAGGAACUAAUAGACACAGCCAGGAGCAACUGGGAGGUGAUAGGAAUGCUAGCAGUGGGAGAAAAAGUUUGGCCAGUGUUUCUGUUUCUCAGGAAAGGGAGACAAAGGAUUUCCACAGCUCUGCAGGCUGCUGACAUUGGUAAACAGGCAUUACUCACCAGAAAGUGGGGCUAGGACAUGGAAGGAUUUUGUGCUUACAAGGUAUGGGUGUUGCAAAUGCCGGAGGUGGGAUGAGACCUCAACUUUGAUCCUUCAUUUCACCGGUGGGGAUAUUUUGAGUAUGUGCACAACUCAGCUCCUUAUUUCCUUGGUUAUUUUCAGCAGAACCUCUAUGUACAGAGGGAGUAUACCUCCAAAUGCCAGCUGCUGGGGUCACACAGGUUCUCGCCUUCAUGGCCUCCUUGUGCUCCGUGACACAGGGUUGGCUCCUGUUGUAGAGGGAAUGCCGGGCUAGAUGGAUGUUGCUGUAAUCCAGGAAGGGAGGGGCUCUCAAUAUUGGGUCUUCAGAUGUUGGACUACAACUCCCAUAAUCCCCAGCCACAAUGGCCUUUGGACCCCAAACAGCUGAGGACCCAAAUUUGAGAACCACUGCAGUAAGGCAAUUCCUAUGGACUUUUCCAAAACAAUUCCACCCUUCAAGGAGCAAUCGGGCAGUAUAGUUUGAGUGCAUCCUGGGAUACAAGCGGUUCCCUCUUUCUCCUCUGCAGCCCAUUUUAGAUUAGGCAAGGAUUCCCCACCACCACCUUAAUCUGGGUGCCUUUACCUGAUAAAUUACACCUCAAGUAUUUGGAAGUUAAUAACAAAAUGCAGCAUUUUGUCACCUGCGGUCAAAAGGACUUGGGAGCCAUCCUCUUUCCACCUGCCUCAACUCAUCCGCUGCAUCACACCGUGGCAUCUUCAGCUCCAUUCUCAGUCUGCUAGCUCCAGGCCUCUCUGCUGCAGCUCUCGGGCAUCCUGACUGCUUCUCUGCAGCCAACCAUCCCGCCUGGGCCCGACAUCCCGCAGUGCUCAUGAAACUCAUUUGAUGUUAGGCCAGGAAACCUGCUGACAUCAAGGGAGUUUCUAUGCAGCUCUUGCUGACUUCAGGCAGAGAGAACUUGUGUGGGGUUUCGUUUUAUUUUGUUUCAUUUUUGUUAUGGUGUCGUGAACGUUUAAUUUGCUCUCCUGA